AUGCAGCUGAUCACCGCAGAUGGUGAGAGGGAAGACAUGGACUUUUUCUUCGGGUGUGCACAUGAUCAACAAGGAAAGCUUCUGGACUCACCAGCAAGUACCGAUGGGAUCCUUGGCCUCAGCAAUGGGGCAAUGAGCCUCACUACCCAGCUAGCCAAGCAAGAGAUCGUUUCCAACGUUUUUGGCCAUUGCAUCACGGAUCCCAGCAGUAGUGGCUACAUGUUUCUUGGUGAUGAUUACAUUCCCAGAUGGGGAAUGAAAUGGGUUCCCGUCUGCAACGGUCUAGAGUGA